CAACGCCCCCCUACCGCUGAGAAUUUGCUCAGCGGCGCUGCUGCUCACGCCGAGGAGAUCGCCUCCCAGCAUGAUUUGCUCCCCCGACUCAUCCCGUACCUCGACCGUCACCUGGUCUUCCCCCUGCUCGAAUUCAGCGCUACCGGCGAUGAGGAGGACAAGGAAAUCACCCGGGCGAAGUACGAGCUCCUCAAGCACACCAACAUGACCGACUACGUCGCCAACUUGUGGCAGGAGAUCAACGACUCCGACACCAUUCCCGAAGAGUUUGUGAAGAAGCGCGAGGAGGUUCUGGCCAAGCUACAGCACUACCAGGAUCAGAGCGAGAAGAUUUCCGAAUUGCUGCAGGAUGAGGAGGUCGUCGGUAACCUGCGAAGCGAUAAGGCCGCCAACUUGCGGUUCCUCGAGGAGCAGCACGGUGUCACCAACGAGAUGGUCAACUCUCUCCACGACUACGGACGGUUCCAGUACAGCUGCGGCAGCUAUGGAAAUGCCGCUGAGCUGCUUUACCAGUUCCGUGUUCUGUCUACCGACAACGACAAGGUUGCCGCCGCCACAUGGGGUAAGCUCGCAUCAGAGAUCCUGACCACCAACUGGGAGGGUGCUAUGGAGGAGGUUCAGAAGGUCAAGGACUCAAUUGAGACUCGCCUGUUCAACAACCCCCUGGCUCAGCUCACCAACCGCUCGUGGCUCAUCCACUGGUCGCUGUUCCCCUUCUUCAACCACGACCCCGCCCGCGACGUCCUCACCGACCUCUUCUUCUCACCCGCCUACAUCAACACCAUCCAGACCAGCUGCCCUUGGGUUUUGCGGUACCUUGCCGCCGCUGUUAUCACCAACCGCAGCCGUCCCCACAAGCACUCCGGUGUCUACCAGAAGCAAUUGAAGGAUCUGAUCCGUGUUGUUCGCCAGGAGGACUACGAGUACACCGACCCCGUCACCGAUUUCGUCAAGGCCCUUUACGUCGAUUUCGAUUUCGAGGAAGCACAGAAGAAGCUCGGCGAGGCAGAGGAUGUGCUCCGCAGCGAUUUCUUCCUUGUCUCGGCCGCCGAUGCUUUCGUCGACGCUGCUCGUCACCUCAUCUCCGAGAGCUACUGCAAGAUUCACCAGCGUAUUGACAUCAACGACCUUUCCGCUCGCCUCGGUCUGAACCAGGACGAGGGUGAGAAGUGGAUUGUCAACCUUAUUCGCGAUACCCGGGUUGACGCCAAGAUCGAUUACAAGGAGGGCACUGUCAUCAUGAACCACCCCCCUCAGUCGGUCUACCAGCAAGUCAUCGAGAAGACCAAGGGUGCCUUCUUCCGCACACAAGUCUUGAGCUCUGCUGUUGCAAAAUAAAAACACCAUGACCUUGAUGUUGAAAACUGAACUUUUCUCUGUUAUGUGAUUUCCAACUUGUUUCUGCCUGCCCCCUUUUUUAGUGAUCUCCCCGUGUAGGUCACAACACGGUUGUUUGGGGACUCCAUGCAGAGUGGCAUCCGGCUGGCGUUUUUUCGGGGGUCCACACUUAUUUCUUUACCUCUUUAGUCUUGCAGUUCUUAUGCACACACUCUCUCCCCAUAUUUUCACUUCCGUCGGAUAUUUUGC